AUGCCCACUCGCCUUACAAGGAGUCACUCGGGUGGAGAUUGGGUCUUCCACCGCGAGGGUUGUCGGCAGCAGGAAGGAGAGGAUCCAAAUACACUGCUAGUACCGGUCACAUCAGUCAACGUGCAGCGUCCCAGGCGGAGUGCACCUGGCAAGGGGUUCUCACCCCUCCCGAUUCCUCCUCCCACGGAGGCUAGGACUGAUGGAGAUUACACAAUUGUGAGACGUCGUACACGCCCGGUUGACCGACCUGAGAUGGGUGAAGAGACGACGCCUGUAAACAGGGAAGAAUCGCGGGCACCCUCGGCGUUGGAGAAGCCCAACGUAGGCCACGCCGAUCCGGCUGAAGACGAGGACAUGGCGGAGAUGGAUAUGCACACCUCGGAAGGACCGGCUUGUACGUACGGACGCUUCGAGGCACUCAUGGAUGAAGACAUGAAGUCGGAGGCAGAUAGCUCGGACAGGGACGACGAGGGCAAGGAUUCAGACAGUAACAACGAUGAUGCAGCCUACGCGUUUCCUGACGACGGGAACACGGAGGAAGUGGACGUCAUCAUGAUGGAUGAGACGCAGAGCCUUAAUGCUUUAUCUCCUCGGGGUCAACGAAUAGUGGAGACCCUCUCCCUAGCGUCUGACGUAGCGAUGGGUAUGGCGGAGGCCACAAGCGGGACCGAAGUAAAGGCAAGCAGCUCUCUGGACAGCGAAGGGAACCUCACCUUGAGCUACAUAGGGUCUUCAGCCCCCACGCAUUCUCAGGAUACAGCCCCGACACCAGGGUCUGAUUUCCCCUACUCGCUUGCCUCAACUUCCUCUGAUCUUAGAUCGGAUAAACUAGCCCAGCCCACGCCGCCUCUCGGUCAGACCUCCAAGCUCGCGACACUGGAGACCGUGGAACCAGAACCGGAAGUGGAGUACGUGACAACGAUCGCAACGGCCCGAAACCCCACGCAGGCGGCUUUUUGGUUGUCAUGGUUUGGUGGAAGGGAGGUGUCAGUGCCGGACGCCGGACAGUGCGCCAUCCUGGCGUUCUACGCAACUGUGACCAACCAUGAUGCCGGGUCUCUGAAACUGUCCCCGGCCGUGACAAAAGAUGUGAAUUCACACAAAAAGGCUAUUUAUUGUUUAAUGCUGGCCAAUUUACGGACCGACGUUCUUCUCGGCCUCAUCGAUCCGACUCAGGAGUUGGCGCGCCUGUACCCUGCGUGCCCAUCCCCAGAUUCACGGGAGCUAGCCACGGCCCUCCUGUUCCAGCACCUGUUGAUUGAGCGAAACCGCUCGGUCGCUCGCAGAGUUCCCUGUGCCCACUGGGCCACCUCCAAUGUUCUCCGCACGUACGCGCAGUACCUCCGUCAGCCGUUACUGGUGUUGGACGGACGCAAAUGGUGA